GCACAGGUCAACGGGUGAUCACAAUCACAUGCCAAUUCGGAGCGUGCACAAGCACAAGCUGAGAGGCAGUUGCAGCAUCAGCAUCAUCGGCCCACAAUCGUUGAUUGCUUUCUUCUCCUCUUGCAUUGCUUAUAUCCGCUCCUUCCCUUGCAUCUUUGACAGUAAUUGACUCUGUCCGACGCUUUAUCUUGCUUACAGCCGAAUUGACACGUCUUGCACCUUUUCUCCAUCUCGGAACAAUAUCUACAAAAACAGCAGCACGUGCGUCACCUGCAAGAAGCCGUCGACAGCCUCGCAAGCACACGAGACACGAAUAAGACAUCAUGUCGGAUCAAUCGCCUCCCCUCCUUCGUCCUCGUCCCCGCCGUCCCUUCGACCUCACUCCCAUGUCGUCGACUGCUGGUAACUCGCCCGAUGGCCGCGACACUCCGGACCCCCAAUCUCCCGGCGACGAGUCAGGCCUCCCUCCCUCUCGCACCCGCUCAUUCCUGAACCUGACCACAUCCACUCUCUUCGGCAUCUACUCUCCGGCUGGCUAUGCACCCGAUCGCGACGAGACGCCUUGGGGCACCGGUGCCCAGACGCCUAUCGACAGCAAGGGCAUGAACGUGGCUGACAUUGAUGGCAACGUUGAUGAUGCCCUGAUGAUGAGAAGCAAGAGAAGAAGAGGUAGCAUGCUUGAAGCCUCGACACGGCGUGUUCAAAAGCCCAAGAAGAAGACGUUCAAGAACUGGUUCGUUCCCAUGGUCGGAAAGAACGUAGUCUUGGGUCUUGCUGGCAUUGCCUAUGGACAGUUGAUUGCGCAUUUGCAUGACAGACAGACUCUGGUGCCCGUUCAGGUCGAAGGCAUGCCCUCGGAGUCUUGGGCGUACAUUGCCUACUGGUGUUUCAGUGGUAUCGCUUUGGGUCAGGCACUGCCCUGGGUUGACGCUAUCUGGAUGAGUGAUGGCAGUGGUGAACACGAGGCCGAGAGGGAGUACAGAACUUCUGGAAACUUGCGUAGCGCUCAAGACUCGCAAAAUCGCAGCCAGACCUGGACUCCCGGUUGGAACGAGAUUGUCAGAUUUAUUGGUGCUGCUGUUGGCAUUGUCUUUGCUAUUCGCCGUCUUCCCUGGCAAUCACCCCUCCAACUCAGUCUCACCCUUGCUCUCGCAAACCCAGCCAUCUGGUACCUUCUCGACCGCACAGGCCCCUGCUUCAUCCUUGCAACAACUGUUGCACUUUCUGGCACCGGUCUCCUUCUCUCUAUCAACCCCGAGCUGAUACCCUCCCCUCACGCCGCAAACCUCCAUACCUUCUCCAACGUCGCCAACGCAACAGCGAAUGCCAUCAAAGGACAAGAUUUGGUGCUUGGCACAUUCACGCUCGAAAGUGUGGGUGUGGCUACAUGGAUUGCCAGUGUGUUGUUCGUCAGUGCUGUCGCAUUCGGAAACAUUGGACGUAGGCUGUAAACUACAGGAAGGGAUAUAAUGGUGGUGGAACGGUCUUCACUACGAUUGGAUGGGCAAGCAACAUGAUUUUCUUUGCAUUUCGCGCCUUUCGUUGUUGAAAUAGAAUUGAUAGCCUGCAUGGAGUGGCGUUUUACUCGUCAGCUUAUCAGCCUCUUCUUGGUAUCAGGCAUCUGGAAUCUGCUGCUGCUGCUGCUGCUGCAUUUGGUCAAAUCGAAAAUUUACGCUUUUCUAUACCCACAUCACCU